AAUGCACAGGCCUCCAUGAAAACCCAAGAUUUAUUUCCGUUUAACCUGGGCAGUUUAAUUUAUGCUUUUAAGCUAAACCUCGUAAGCAAGGAUUAAGAGCAUACCCAACUGUGCCAACUCAAGAUAAGGAUUUCUGGAUUAGGUCCCACAAUUUUGACAAGGGUGAUAAAGCGGCGCAAAAAUUACUGAAACUAUAAAAUGACGAUUCUUGAAUUAUACUCAAAUUGUACGAUUGAAUUUGCUUCCGUAAAUCAUACUCAACUGGAUCACUUAAUAUAGACUUCAAACAGGGUAAGGCCGGGAUGAGUGUGCCAGAGCUUUUUGCAGAUUUAUCAAAAGGAAUAUCAAUUUUUCAAGGAAUUUGAAAAAGGCACAUCGUGGAGGAAACACAGAGAUGAAUACAAGAGGCUCUGAUUGAUAAGCAGAGAUGUUUUUUGCUUUCUUGGUUGGAAAGCUUGGUGUAGGGCAGUCAACACGUUCUAGAAAGAACCGAAAAUGAGACCUGUAAGAGUGAAUAUGUUUUACCUAGCUGUGUAAGACUAUUGGAAUUUAAACAUUUGAAGAGCUGGGGUGAGUCCUACCAUGAUUAGGCUAAGUUCACCAAUCAUGAGCUCGCCGGUUUCUGGAAACUAAUGCCUUCUGCAUAAUCUAUCCACAGACAAGCUUUGAGGUCGGGCAGGUGGAUAACUAUAUUUUAAUGUUUGAGGCCUGAGCCUGAGCAUCUCAAAAUAUCCAGUUUGCAGAAUUAUCUAUAAGACUUUUUGCUAUUUGUAGACAAGUGGAGUUUUUGAAGGCUUUACUUGAAUGGGUAGAAUUUCUUUACCUCACGGUUUCCGUUUUCACCCAACUGAUGAAGAGCUUGUCAGCUACUAUUUGAAGAGAAAAGUGUGUGGAAAAAAACUACGGUUUGAUGUCAUUUCAGAGAUCGAUCUAUACAAGUAUGAGCCUUGGGAAUUACCAGGCAAGUCUUGCCUACAGAGUAGAGAUUUGCAAUGGUACUUUUUCAGCUCUAGGGAUAAAAAAUAUCCCAAUGGAUCUCAAACAAAUCGAGCCACAGACGCUGGUUACUGGAAAGCAACUGGAAAGGAAAAGCCAGUAUGUUCAGCUUCUCGAAGAGUUGGGAUGAAAAAGACUUUAGUAUAUCAUGCUGGACGGGCUCCCCGUGGAGAACGGACUAAUUGGGUGAUGCACGAAUAUAGACUUGAAGACAAGGAAUUGAAUGUGUCAAAUACUAUUCAAGAUUCCUGUGUAAUUUGCCGGGUCUUUCAAAAGAGUGGUCCUGGUCCCAAAAAUGGGGAACACUAUGGAGCUCCUUUUAGGGAAGAGGAUUGGAAUGAAGAUGCCUCUGCAGAAGUUGGGGUACGAUCCUCUUUAGAAAGAGUUGAUACUCCACCUGAUCCAAGCAAUUCAACUUUGAGCAAUGUCAAUGAGGAGGUUAUGGCACGCCCUAGAGCAGCUUCUGCAUUGGACAAUGUGGUUCUUACCCUAGAUGAAGAGUACGUUUCUUCAGAGGAUGAGCAUGAUGAAAUGGAAAGCUUCCGGACAGAAAAUGUUUGUUACCCAGCUAAUUUGGAGCCAAAUCCUGACAAAAAGGAAGUGCAAAAGGCUGCUAAUGACAUUCAGGGUCAGAGAAGUGAAGCAGCACAACCCCCUUUACCCCCAGGCCAGCAGCAAAGAGAUAUGAUAGGUUGUCAUUAUGGUGAGCAAAGACAACAAGACAUGGGUAGCCAGCAGGCUGAGACUGAUUUCCAUGCUUGUUCAGAUGACAGGCUCGGUCAUAUGAAUCAGUUGGACUGGUUGGAUGGUGUGUUGGCAGAGUUGACUGAUGAGGACAGGGCCCACCUAGACCAGAUAGGAUUGAACCAGGCUGCACAAAUGCCACUUAUCAAGCCUCAUAGUGAGGGUUUGCGGGAUGUGCUUGGGCUGUGGAACCCAUACAGCAACACCUUUUGGUUCAGGACAGGGGAGAUGACCAUUACUCUUGAGGAUGUAUAUCGCAUUCUUGGGAUUCCAGUAAUUGGAGCUAGGAUUGUGGCAGGUCAAUAUACGCAGGAGGAUAAACCAUGGAUAGCAGAAUAUCUAUCAGGUCAGAGAUCAUUCGAGGCUGGCAAGAAUGGGGUAAAUCUUUCAGUUGUGGGCACAUCAAGGAUUCCAUUAUUGAGGAAGGCAGUGAUCGGGAUUUUGGCAAGUAAGGUUCUAGUAGACAAGGGAACUAAUAUCUUCCCCUUUUCUGAGGCUCACUUAGUUCAUGAUGCAGUUGAGAAUGGCAAGAAGUUCAAUUGGGGUCAGGAAGUCCUGAACCGUUUGUAUCGUGAUCUAUAUGUAUUGGGGUUAUGUGAGGGUGCACAAAUUGGUCACAUUGCAUUGUUGCAGGUAUGGAUAUGGGAGAGACUUAUCCCAUACCGCCCAUAUGGAGGUCCAGUGAAUGUCAUGCCAGAAUGCCCUCGGAUUAUGAGGUGGGCGGCAAGCAGACUGCCAUUCCCUCAAACCCGAGCACAGGAGCGAGGUAGAAACACCUUGGUGGAGGCAGAUGUGGUAUGGGAUCCAUACCGAGAUAUUAAGUGGCCAGACGAUGCACAACUUACAGAAGCAUUACGGGUUUUUGAGUUGCUAGGUCGACGGCCACGGUACACAGAGAGGCAUCCCCUAGACAGGGUUCGACGCCAGUUUGGGCAGGAGCAGCCUCGUGUUUUAAUGCCAAAGCGGAGGUGGCGUGAUGAUAGAGAACGGUCAGCCCGUGUGCAGGGUUUGUCAAGAGCUCCAAAAUGGAGGCGACUUGAGGAUGGUAGGUGUGAUGUAGACUCUGGAGAUGGGGAGAUGGACGAGGAUGGGGAUAUAGGGGUUCAAGAUGAGGAGGAUGAGAGCCCACAGGAUGAGGGGAUAGGUGGGAAUGAUUUCCCUGAUGAACUGGAGGGAAACAGAAGGCUCAUUCCUCCCAGCAACCUGGUAUAUGCACGGACAGGGUAUAAAGUCAAACAGGUAGGAUCAACUAGAAAGCAGAGAGUGUCUCCUACAUCGCAAUUUGAUGAGGCUAGGUCUUUGAGAUAUCUGAAAACCCAAAAGGUUAGUGGAGGUGGUGAUCAGGGAAAGGGGAUAUUGGGGACAUCCUCAUUUGUGAGCACACUGGUGGAGCACAAGCAGACAGAGGAGAAACUUAGGCCGGAGACAAGAUGUGGCAGUGUGGCUGCUGAUCUAGGCACGGGGGAUUUAUCUGUUUGUAGUCAGACCUUAGUUGGACUUGUGCCAGUAGACCCCUCAUGGGUGAGAGGAGAUCCAGAUACAGUGGAUGGAUGGAGGGAUCUCAUUCAUAGGGUACUCCGUGAUACUGUGGGUCCCUACCUAGGCAGGUCAGUGGAUAACCUCAGGGAUCCAGGAUUGCCUGAGUCGGCGGGGCGGCAUAGCGAUGUGUUUGCAGCAGCACACCAUGCAGGCAUACUUUUGCAGACACACCAGGCAGCAGCAAAUUUGGCCCAUAUCAAGGCCACUUUGGAGUGGCAACAAGAGAGAAUAGAUGAGAGGGCUGCAUGGCAGAAGGAGAGGGCUGCUGAGCAGGAGGCAUGGCGAAAGGAGCGAGAGGCAUGGCAGAGGGAGCGGUCAGGACUUGAGAAAGCUCUAGCCAAGGUUGAGGGGGAAAUCAAAGGUAUGCAGUGGAGAUCAUCAUGUUCUGCAUAUACUACUCAGGUGCAUACUACGGGUAGCUAUGCCACAGGCAGGCCUCAUAGACCCAGCCAGCGGCAGCAGCAAGAAACACCCAAACGAGAGGGAGCUGGAGAAACCUCAGAGAGACAGCGGGGCAAUCCUACAACAGGGCAUCAUGGAGAGGCCUAGAUUACUAAGAAGGUCACAAUGAAUGCCUUUGGCGAGGUAGAUUGGCUAUAAUUUGGGCCCUAUUUUUGUUUUUGUCAUGGUACCAUUGGUCAAGAGCAUCAAAGAUGCAUUUGUAUGUACCAUCAUCGCUUUGUUAUACGUUUUGACACUUCAUUGGCAUAAUGUAUAUAUGACUUAUUUGCUUU